AUGGAUGUUUUCGUAUUCGCUUUGAUUCCUACUACAAACUUUCAAAAGGCACCAAAUACCCCAUAUACCCCCAUCAUCAUUCAAGAUAACAACGUUGCAUUUUUAGAUGUCAUCCCACAUCAACACCAAAAUUUAGGAAUUGAAGACGUAAUUGAAUAUUUCAAGUGUUGCCCUCUUCACUAUGCUCUCAACGAUGUUCCAAAACCCUUCUUCCAAAAGCAAGUAUGUGAGUUCUAUUACUCAUGCACUUUUGAUGCAAAUGCCCAAAUCAUCUCUAGAACUGUUGAAGAUGAUCAUUCAAGGAUUGAGAUUUGUUCAAUGCUUACUCGUUAA